CCACAAGGAGACACAAACCUACAUUUUGAAGAGUCCAGAUGGAGUGUCCCAGUUGCUUAAUGAUCACAUUGUCAUGACACAGAACUUGUCCGUCCCACAAUUUAAAACAGCCUUUGAAGGCCGCAUCAACACCUGGGAGAGCAAGCUACACAUGACUCGAGAUGUGCUGAAGGAGUGGCUGAUGUGCCAGAGUUCCUGGUUAAAUUUGAAGCCCGCCUUCAGCUCUGAUGAAAUUAACCGGCAGCUGCCCGUAGAGGCAAGAACAUUCAAGAAAAUGGACGGAAUAUGGCGAAGACUCAUGAAAACUGCCUUUGAUAAUCGGAAGGUGAUGGAGCUUUGUCCCGAUGCUGUCCUGUUUGCCAAACUUAGGCUGUGCAACAAACUUUUGGGGCAGGUGCAGAAAGGUUUCAGUGAUUACUUGGCGACCAGUGGAGGCUCUAUUCCCACACUGUAAAUCCAUGUUGAUAUUUUA